AUGUUCUAUCUUUCCUACCUGCAGAGCGUCUGUACCCGCCGCCAUUGGCCAGCCCCAGCCUACGAGGCCUACAGCAAUUCACAAGGCUGGUUCUGCAAAGUCCGAGUCAACAAUCGAGAGUACUCAACCGAUGUGCCCUACCGUACCGAGACCCAAGCAAGAGAAGGCGCAGCCACAAACGCCUACAUGAUCUGCCGGAACUUCUCCCACAAUGACGGCAUGUACCCUGGCAAAAGGCCCGGACAGCGAUCUGCCAGCGGUGCAGUCCAAGGUCUACCAGUAGCCAUCGGCACAGGUCGCCGCGGCAGCCGAAUGACAGACACAUCCUCCACAUACGAAUCAGCAAGUUCAGAAGGCACAAGUAGUGGAGGUAACAGCCCACGAAGUCCCGGAAGUGGCUUCGAGCAGCAGAUGCAGCAAGUGACGGCUACUAUGCCGCGAGCUGCCCCCACUCAACGAGCUUCUCGCUCGCAGGGUUAUGUUUGUCAGUGCCAGCGAGCACCUAUAUACGCAUACGAGCGCUGCGGUCUUUGCUUGCGGGAGCAGGGCUGGGCGUGA